ACAACCUCGGCCACCGCAGGGCGCACGGAGGAUCUGCUGAACGGGGAGAUGCGCUCGGGAUACCCCGCUCGGGGCUCAGAGGAGAGCCAAAGAGCGGCUUAACUUCUAAGGCUGCCUCUGCCUGUCGGGACCUUUCCUCCUCCCCCUGGCCAUGGAGCCGGGCUGGGAGCCGACCCGGUAGCAGCCCUCCUCCCAGCCCACCCGCGUCCGGGCCCGCAAAAGAGCCCAGAAGCAUGGGGACUCCUGACCUUGGGAGCACUUGUGCAGCUCUGCAGCAAUCGAUGGCAGAUUGGGUUGCCAGAAGUCAGGACAGUCGGCGAGAGCUGAUGACUAAAUUGCCUGAAGGACAGUAUGUCUUGUGCUGUUGGACUGAUGGGCUUUAUUAUCUUGGGAAGAUUAAGAGAGUGAGUGACGCUAAGCAGAGUUGCCUGGUGACCUUUGAAGAUAAUUCCAAAUACUGGGUGCUUUGGAAGGACAUUCAGCAUGCUGGUGUCCCCAGUGAACAGCCUGAAUGUAACAUUUGCCUGGAGAAAACAUCGGAGCCUCUGAAUGAGAUCUUGAUCUGUGGGAAGUGUGGGGUUGGGUACCACCAACAGUGCCACAUUCCCCUGGUGGGGAGCCUCGAAGAGUCUUUGCCGAACCCCUGGUUUUGUCGGAGGUGUAUCUUUGUACUAGCUGCACGGAAAGGUGGGGCCUUAAGGAAAGGAGCCAUUGCCCGGACUCUGCAGACGGUUAAAAUGGUCCUGUGUUACAACCCGGAACAGCUGGAAUGGGAUUCCCUCCACAGAACCAAUCACCAGCAAUGUUACUGCUACUGUGGUGGUCCCGGAGAGUGGUACCUGAAGAUGUUGCAGUGCAUUCGGUGCCGUCAGUGGUUUCACGAAGCUUGCAUGCAGUGCCUGAGCCACCCCAUGCUCUUUGGAGAUCGAUUUUAUAUUUUCCGCUGCACGAUGUGUAAUCAGGGACCAGAGGAUCUCAAACGCUUGCCUUUGAGAUGGGUCGACGUCGUGCACCUGGCCAUCUACAACCUGGGUGCGCAAAGUAAGAAGAAAUAUUUUGACUUUGAGGAGAUCUUGGCCUUCGUCAAUCACCGCUGGGACUACUUUCAGCUUGGCAAGUUGACUACAACCCCUGUGGCAGAACGAGGACCCCUCCUUCUAGGUGCACUAAACAGUUACAAAAGCAGGUUCUUGUGCGGGAAGGAAAUCAAGAAAAAGAAACGCAUGUUUCGCCUUCGGGUUCGAGUCCCCCCGAAUCCUCCCAGCAAAAUUCUCCCGGAUAAGUUUGCAGGACUGAACAAGACAAAGAAAAGGGGGAAAGUCAAAUGCUCCCACAAAAACAGUUUGCUGCCGCAGCAAUCCCAGCACGAACGGAGAAGGAAAAGGCCCAAAUUCCUCUUGGAGGAUGCCAUUCCCAGUAGCGAUUUUGCCUCGGCUUGGAGCACCAACCAUCACCUGGCCUGCAUCUUCGAUUUCUCGCUGGAUGAAAUCCAGAGUCUAAAAAGCGCAAGUUCGGGCCACGGGUUCCUCUCCGAUGUAGACUCCACCGACGCCGCCAGCACCUCAGGCUCAGCCUCGACGAGUUUUUCCUUUGAAUCGAGCAGGACAAAUGUCGGGAGCCGGAAGCGCAAACUGUCGGCUAAAACCUAUGCCCCAUUCGAUGCCAAACAGAAAUGCUCCGAGCGCCUCCGCAGGCUUGUCCCUGGCUGCUCCUUGGAUGGCAGUGACCGUGCCAGCAGUCCAGAUCGCCCGGAGAACGCCAUCGACUGCCAGACCUUGGAGAGCUUGAGCGAGGACGAUUUAUCCCUCUCUCACCUCCAGUCAUCCAUCAGCAGCUAUUUCGGAGCCACCGGCCGCUUAAUUUGUAGAGAGAAAUACCAAGUGUUGGCUCGGAGGAUCAGCCCAGAAGGAAAAGUGGAGUAUCUCUUGGAGUGGGAGGGCAGCACGCCCUACUGAUGCGUGUCAGGGUCCAGCAUGUGAAGCCAUGUGAAGAGAGGAACAGGGUGGGAAUGCAGCCAGGGAAGAACAGGUUGCCCUGAACUUCCUUGGGGAUUGAAGACCAAAUUUCCAACGGUUCCUGUUGUAGACCCUUUGGGUUGGGCUAGGAAAGAUGGAAGGGGUGGCUUAGGGAUCCGUGAUGGCUCAGCCGUAGCUCCAUGUGGCCAUUCGGGACAAAAAGGGGAAUGAAUUCCCAGGACAGCCCCAUAGAAAUUACAUCACUUGGACAAGAUUGGCUCCAUCUAACGUGGCACUUAUUUUGUCCCCCCCAAAGGAUAAAGGAUAGCGAGAGAUCAGACACUGCUAGGAUCCAGGAGGGGGUUAAAUGGAUAACCCUGCUUAGCAGGUGGGAUGAACAGAGAGUUGUAUAGCAGGCUGAUAGGAUGGCUGGUGGUGGAAUGCCUGUAAGGAUAAACCCAAAGGGCGGGAUUUAGGGACCCCUCCAAGCUCCUGGGUGCACCCCCACAAUCCCUGAGUUGCAGAUUUAAUGUGCCAGAAGGGGGGAGAUUAGCAAAUGCACUAAAGACGCACACAUCUGGAUUCUCUUCAAGUUAAUUAGAAGUUAAUGGUUGGUGGGUGUCCCCUUUGGCUCAAUGGUUUGCAAUUUUUUUGACUGGCGUGGAUGAAAGCUGAAAAUUCAGUCAUAACUUCAGCCAGGAUGGUCCAUUUAUGACGAAUGUCUCAAAAGGAGGCAGUUCCCAGCCUAGAAAAAGCACAAAACUGGCCGUGGCAUUUUACCUUGCCAAGAUUCCCUUUUUCCUCUUUUACGAGUGCUUCUCUGCUGUUAUCCCCCAAGGAAAAGAUUUGUAAAGCAAUUCUGAAUCUAAUUGUGUUUGCCUGCUCCUGUUUGCACAGAUUAACUUGAGGCCCCAGCAGACAAGAGAGGGCCUCUCAAAAUAUAUAUUCUUCCCCCCGCACCCCCAGAAGGAUUUGUUUGUAUUUUAAAAUAUUAUAAUAAUUAUUUUUGCAUUGGUUUGGACUGAUCUUGUAAACGCUUCUAUGCACC